UUCAAUUCAUUUCAUUUCAUUCCAUCAUCAAGAAACGAGUGAGCUAGCUAGCUAGCUCAUCAAUGGCUGCUUCAAUCCCAUUCCAACAAAUCCACCACCUUCUCCAAUAUUCCGAUUAUAACAAUUAUUCUUAUUACAAGAAUAAUAUUCCUACAUUUACAUUCUCCGAUGAUCACCCAUGGAUGCCUAACUACGACACCACGGCCAUGUUCGACACCAUGAGUUAUGACUUGUCGUCGGCAGGGUGGCCUAAUGUGGAGCCACUAUUGUCUGAAGCCAUGACGACGACGACUAUGAUGAAGAAGAUGCCAACGACAUCGGAAUUCGAUGAUCUGCAGAAUGUUUCAGAUCAAUAUUAUUACAAUUAUCAUUAUCAUUGUGACGAUGAUCACAAAUUUAACUACCUUGGCACCAUCCCUACACCACCCCACAAUUGGGGCAUAGAAGUAGAGGAGAAGGUGCAGGUAGGGAAGAAGGACGAAGAAGUGAGAAUUGGAAAAUAUUCGGGGCAAGAAAGGAAGAACAAAAUUCUGAGGUACUUGAACAAAAGAAGCCACAGAAACUUCAACAAGACCAUCAAGUAUGCUUGUCGGAAAACCCUAGCAGAUAAACGGGUCCGGAUUCGAGGCAGAUUUGCCAAAAACAACGAAUUACCUUCGCCCUCCUCAUCGUCUUCUUCUUAUUGCCAAUUUGAAGAUGAUCAGAUUCAGAUGCAUUUCAUCACAUCAAAUAUUAUUCAUAAUUCUUACAACCAUAACACCAUUGAUAACAACAACAAUAAUGUCCUUAAUCCCUUCUUUUACGACCACGUCAACAACAACAACAACAACAACAACGAGAUGAUGAUGUACGGAGACGAAGAGUGGUUUGCAUCCACCAUGCCUUAUUUUGCUUAAUUAAGGAUAUAUAACAUUUAAUAUUAUAUAUUCUUAGAAUGCAACCGUUUUUUAAUUAAUAUAUAAUAUAGUAUUAUUUAAAUUUUAUUGCCCAGUUG